UAUCUCAUCAAACAUUUUAUAUAUACUUCACUCAAAUUGAAAUUACAUAUAUCACAUAAUACUACUGUACAUACUUUACAUUUUUUGCAUACAUAUAUCACUUGUUGUAAAACCUGUCCAAAACUAUUGGCAUUUAAUAUUUCAAUUAAACAUUUAAAAAUAAUAUACUGUAGUGAACAACAUAACUGUUGAUUAGAUGUAUUGAAUAAACAGUUAAUAUUUAUAAUAAUAAUGGUUUUGCAAUAAUAUUUUAAUUAUAAAAACAAAAUCAAAACCAAGAGUGGAUUUUGUUGUGUGUGUGGAUACAUAUGCAGGACGUGCUGUGAAUUGACUGAACGUAUUAUAAGUAUUACAUAAUUUACAUACAAUACUGAAUUAGUUGUUUUGCAUACAUUAUAUUACUUUUUUAUGACUGACGAAAAAAAACUUAAUAUUUAUUUAUUUAUUUGUUGUUUGCCUUCAACUCUAUACAUACUGUUAUUAUUGUUGUUAAUCAUUCAAUAGUGUGUUUGGUUGUCAACAGGAGAGACAUAAUUUGCAUUAAGUUUUGUGACAGAAAUUUUUAAAACAAAAUUUCAUCUCAAGUUAAAUAAAAAAAAGUGCAUAAUAUUAUCGAUUCAAAUCGGGAAAACUGUAUGAUUUCAUCGUUAUUAUUGCUUAUUGAUAACAUAAAACACAUUUGAGAUAAACUUGAUUUUUAAAAGUUUAUAAAAAAUUGUUUACUUCGCAUGUGUUUCAAAAGCUACAACCAUAUAGUGGGAGGACUUAUUUUUUAAGGCAAACGAGAAAAAGUAUUAAAUUAUUUUGAUGAUCACCAUAAACGAGCUUAUCAUUGAUUUUGUUUAUCAUCACAUUUUUAUUCAAUAUUCACCAUUUAUAAGGGUACAAUCGUUAAGUAAUUGGUAGUCGUUUUUAUUAUAUAUAUAUGUGUACUACACGUGCUAUUUGUCGACAACAAGUCCUACUCAAUCAUCACAACAAUUAUUGUGCGACCAAUUACUUCAAACAUAUUCAUCAUUAAUAUCAAAAACAAAACAGUAUUUAUCAUCACAACUAUAUUAAAGAAAACACACCAAUAAUUUGUUGGUCACCACUGAUCAAGAGUUACUAAAACUUAAUGCAAAAUCAAUGGACAAACUGUUUGCUGACAAAUAUGAUACUCUUAUGAAGUCUAAUGACAACAAAAAUGAUAAGUCAUUUUCUGGUUAUAAUUCAGAAACGGGAAUGAAUGGUGAUUUGUCAGACAGAGAGGACAGUCGGUCAAGUGUUGAUUCGGCCGAUUUAGGUCACGACGACGAUAACAGCCUAGACUCAGAUAAAGCGCUUAAUUUGGCCAUGGAUGACGAGCCGAUAGACGCGACCGUAGGUUUAGUUCACAAUAACAUUCAAUUCAAUAACAAAAACUCAAUGACAGCCAACGGAAACAUGAUUUCAAAGUUGGCCUCAAAUCGGACACAAAAUAAGAGUUUUAAUGAUAAAAAUGCCACAAAUAAUGGUCCAAAUUUUGGAACCGGUGGCCAACCCAACUCAGGGCAACUAUCGCCCAAUAGUUUUGCAACAGCGGCCGCAGCUCUGGCCACUGCUGCCUCUACUAAUGGCAUGUCUGUCAAUCAGUUGCUGUCACAGUUGAUGGCACAGGCAGGUCAGCAACAAUUGCUAUUACAGGCCGGUUUAGCUCAACAGUUACAACAGGCAUCCAAACUUCCGGUGACAAAUACAUUGUCUGGUCUAAACACUGCCACUUCAGACCUGCAACAACUGCAACAACAGUUACAACAAUUACAACAACAACAACAAAAUCUACAGAAUAUUCAACCGUUACUACUAUUGCAACAACAACAACAACAAAACCAAUUGGGACAGUUGGGUCAGUUGGGACAGUUAGGUCAACUACCAGCUAAUCUACAACAACUUCAAGCACAGCUAUUACUUCAAAAUCAAGGUUUAUUACAACAAGGUUUACUACAGCAGAGUCUGCAAAGUUUGGCCGCACAGGCGGGUCAGGGGAUGUUACCACAGUUAGCCGCUCAACAGUUGCAACAAUUACAAGAAUCGCAACAAGUCUUGCAAAAUGUCAGCUCACAAGCGCUCAAUACUAACAACCAGUCCUCACAACAACAACAACAACAACAACAACUACAUCAACAACAACACCAACAACAACAACAGCAAUCCCAACAACAUAUGUCCUCUCAUCAUAACAAUCAACAGCACUUACAUCAAAAUCUUUCACAACAUAAACACAAUACCAACUCAUCAUUUUAUAACAAUAAUAAUAAUAAUAACAAUAAUAAUAGUUAUAAUAGCAAUAAUACAAAUAAGACUAAUAAUUCAUCGCUUAUAACAACACAUCCGACGCUCAAAGCAGUGGCCACUCGACCAACUGAUCCAAAUCCCGAUGAAAUGACAGACUUGGAAGAGUUGGAACAGUUCGCCAAAACAUUUAAACAAAGAAGGAUUAAAUUAGGCUUCACUCAGGGAGACGUUGGUCUAGCAAUGGGUAAACUGUAUGGCAAUGACUUUAGUCAGACAACAAUAUCACGUUUCGAGGCAUUGAAUCUAAGUUUCAAAAACAUGUGUAAAUUGAAACCAUUGCUCCAGAGAUGGCUGGAAGACGCCGACGCUUCGCUCAAUAACCCGACGGCACUGACCAGUUCUCACUCUACACCCGAGUCUAUCAGUGGUCGACGUCGUAAAAAGCGGACGAGUAUUGAGACAACAGUGAGGGUAUCAUUAGAGAGGGCUUUCCUACAAAACCCAAAGCCCACAUCUGAAGAGAUAACAUUACUAUCGGACUCGUUAUGUAUGGAGAAAGAGGUGGUCAGAGUGUGGUUCUGUAACCGACGACAAAAGGAAAAGCGUAUAAAUCCUCCGUCGGGCUCAUCCAUCCUAUCGAUGGGUUCAUCGCCGUCACCAUUGCUUGGUCUGUCACAUUAUGGCAACCUUAAUGCUCCCGGUUCUACCUCAUCAUCAUUCAGUUCAUCUCCCGUACCACAUAUGAUGUCUGGCGGUCAUCACAUGCAUCUCAGUCAACGACAGCACAGUGUUAGCCCCAUAACAGCGCACUCACAUUACCCGCAAAGCCCGGAAAGUAGGUCGCCAUCAUUGACACCGAACUCGGGUGUGUCGGCCCAUUCCGGUCAAUCUACCUCAGCCAACAACAUGCCAUCCCUGGCAAACAUUCCAAACUCUAUGGGACUGUUAUCUCGACCAACACUCAAGUCUGAGCGCGACUGAGAGUAACUUUUCAAAUAUAUAUUUAUAUAUUACUAAAUUG